CUUUGCACACCAACACUUAAAUAUAACUCAAAAAAUGGAAAAUGGGCUAGGAAACCAGUCUAACAAACUUAUUCAAGAUUCGAGACGUACUGUAUAUUUGGAUUACCUUCCUCCUUACCAAACAGACACAGUAAAUGAGGUUGUACGAGAAAUUCGAGUUGCAGACCGAGAAUCACUUGGAAUACUCCAGACAGUUACGAAUGGGGGAGAGAUUGCAUUUAACCCUAUGGAACAUCCUUCUGAGGCAGCGUCUUUGCUCAUGUUUCACACUUCUAAUUUGUACAAUAAAAGGUGCCUAAUGGCAUAUCAUAAUCUUCGACUUCGACGUAUACGGCAGUAUUGCUGGAGUGGUGGAAAACGUAUGGAAUCCUGCAUAGAUACUUCUUUAAAUCAGGCGGAACAGGAAUAUUUGUUUCGCUACUCAGAACUGGUUGCUGCAUACAAAGGACCAUGGGUAGAUUUAGACUUGACUGGGUCCUUAGUGCCCCCAAAGAAUUUAUUCAUAGAUGUUCGUGUAUUAAAAGAUGUAGGAGAUAUUGAGACAGAGUUUGGAACCAUUAGCCUUACCAAGAAUUCGCAGCUGUAUAUUCGAGCUACAGACGUUGAACGUUUGAUAGCACAGGGCUAUCUUGUAAGGCUUUCUUAGAUUUUAAUUUUCUUAUUUAUUUCUUUUAAAUCAAUUGUACACUUUUAUUGACUCAUA